AUGCAGCAAGCUUUAGAACUAGCUUUGGAUCGUGCAGAGUAUGUCAUUGAAAGUGCCCGACAGAGACCUCCUAAAAGGAAAUACUUAUCUACUGGAAGAAAAUCUGUAUUUCAAAAACUUUAUGACUUAUAUAUUGAAGAAUGUGAAAAAGAGCCUGAGGUUAAGAAGUUAAGAAGAAAUGUGAACUUGUUAGAGAAGCUUGUCAUGCAAGAGACAUUGUCGUGCUUAGUGGUCAACCUAUAUCCAGGAAAUGAGGGAUAUUCUUUGAUGCUCAGGGGAAAAAAUGGAUCAGAUUCUGAGACCAUUCGACUGCCUUAUGAAGAAGGGGAAUUGCUUGAAUACUUGGAUGCAGAAGAAUUGCCUCCUAUCUUGGUUGAUCUCCUAGAAAAAUCUCAGGUUAAUAUUUUUCAUUGUGGAUGUGUCAUAGCAGAAAUACGUGACUAUAGGCAAUCCAGUAAUAUGAAAUCUCCAGGUUACCAAAGUAAGCACAUUCUCUUACGUCCAACAAUGCAGACUUUAAUCUGUGAUGUACAUUCAAUAACAAGUGAUAACCAUAAAUGGACCCAGGAAGACAAACUUUUGCUUGAGAGCCAAUUGAUCCUAGCUACAACUGAACCACUGUGUCUAGAUCCUUCUAUAGCAGUAACAUGUACUGCAAAUAGAUUGCUCUAUAACAAGCAAAAGAUGAACACACAUCCAAUGAAACGGUGUUUCAAGCGGUAUUCCAGGUCCUCUCUGAAUCGACAACAGGAUCUGUCACAUUGUCUACCUCCACCUCAGCUAAAAUUACUUGAUUUCUUACAAAAAAGAAAGGAAAGAAAAGUAGGUCAGCAUUAUGACCUCAAAAUUUCUAAAGCAGGAAAUUGUGUGGAUAUGUGGAAACGGAGUCCCUGUAAUUUGACUGUACCUUCUGAAGUGGAUGUGGAGAAAUAUGCUAAAGUUGAAAAGUCUAUCAAAUCUGAUGACUCACAACCAACAGUAUGGCCAGCUCAUGAUGUCAAAGAUGAUUAUGUAUUUGAAUGUGAAGCUGGUAAUCAGAAAACAAAGCUGACCAUUUUUCAGUCACUUGGUGAUCCACUUUACUACGGUAAAAUACAGCCAUGUAAAGAAGAUGAAGAGAUUGACAGCCAUAUGUCUCCAUCCAACUCCUUCACAGAAGAUCAUUCAAAUUGGUUCAUUAUAGGAUCAAAGACUGAUGCUGAAAGGGUAGUUAAUCAGUACCAGGAAUUGGUCCAGAAUGAAGCCAAGUGUCCAGUCAAGAUGUUGCAUAGCUCCAGUGGCUCAGCCAGCUUGAGUCAGCUUUCUCCAGGGAAAGAAACAGAACCUGAGACCGUGUCAGUUCAGUCUUCAGUACUAGGGAAAGGGAUAAAACAUCGACCUCCACCCAUCAAACUUCCCUCAAGCUCAGGAAAUAGUUCCACAGGUAACUAUUUUACGCCACAACAGGCCAGCAGCUUUCUUAAAUCUCCAACUCCUCCUCCUGCUUCUAAGCCACCAAGUCUUUCUCGAAAGUCAUCUGUGGAUCUCAGUCAAGCUAGCAUGCUUUCUCCAGCUGCCCUGUCACCUGCCAGUUCAUCACAAAGAACCACAGCUACCCAGGUCAUGGCAAACUCUGCUGGACUUAACUUCAUCAAAGUAGUGGGCUCUGUUUGUGGAGCUCAGGCUUUGAUGAAUGGUUCAAACCCUAUGCUGGGCUGUAACACUGGUGCCAUAACUCCUGCAGGAAUAAGCCUUCUCCCCUCAGGAGGUCUGCUACCAAAUGCAUUACCUGGUACAAUGCAGGCAGCUUCUCAAGCAGGUGUUCCAUUUGGUUUAAAAACUACUUCAAGUCUCAGGCCCUUGAAUCUACUUCAGCUUCCAGGUGGUUCACUAAUUUUCAACACUCUGCAGCAGCAGCAGCAGCAGCAGCAGCAGCAGCAGCUCUCUCAAUUUACACCCCAACAACUUCAGCAACCUACAACUUCCAGUCCUCAACAGCCAGGGGAGCAGGGUUCUGAACAAGGCUCAAACAGUCAAGAAAAGGCUUUAUCUGCUCAGCAUGCUGCUGUUAUUAAUCUUGCUGGAGUAGGAAGUUUUAUGCAGUCACAGGCAGCUGUGUUGUCUCAGCUUGGCUCUGCCGAGAACAGACCUGAGCAAAGCCUUCCUCAGCAAAGAUUCCAGCUCUCCUCUGCCUUUCAACAGCAGCAGCAACAGAUACAACAGUUGCGAUUCUUACAGCAUCAAAUGGCCAUGGCAGCAGCAACAGUACAAACAGCUCAGCUACAUCCUCAACAGCAUACAGGCAGCCAACCAAAAAGUAAAAUGAAGAGAAGUACACCAACCACUCCAAAAUUCUGA